UGGCGGCGGCUUACAUGCCCAUCGCCCACCAUCCCAUCACCCGCCCCGCCCAAUCCACUUUCGCCAUGUCACUAGUUUCCCUCCUCCUCCACUGCGCCCCACGCGCACUUUAUCACCUCCCUCCCCCGGCGCACCUUAGCCCUCCCCCCUUAGCGGUGGCCUCAUCCUCAAAUUCCUCCCCCCUUUCCUCUUUCUCUUUCUCUCUCCGCCGCUCUCUCUUCUUCGACCCUCUUCCUCUCCCAGAUCUACUCCCUUCCCCUUCUGGGUUCUCUCCAGAUCUCUCAAUUUUCCAUCCUUUUUCGUGAAUCCUUUAUGAUUUCCUCUGCCAUGGGAUCUCCUUCAUCGCCGAUCGAUGGAUCCCCCCCUUCUUCUCACCCUUCCAAUCCGCUUCAAGCGCUGCCGCUUUCAGCUCCUCUGCCUCCUCCGUCCAAUCCGCCGCCGCAGGCUACGGCCUCGUCUCGCCGCCUUCCGCCUCCCUGCUGGUCGCACGAUGAGACGAUUGCUCUCAUCGAUUCUUACAGGGAUAAGUGGUAUUCCCUUCGUCGGGGGAAUCUCAAGGCCACUCACUGGCAGGAUGUUGCCGAUUCCGUUUCACAUCGUUGCCCUAACGCGUCGCCGCCGAAGACCGCCGUGCAGUGCCGUCACAAGAUGGAGAAACUCCGGAAGCGGUACCGUACUGAGCUUCAGCGGGCUCGGUCUAUGCCGCUUUCGCGAUUUACAUCCUCUUGGGUUCAUUUUAAGCGAAUGGAUGCUAUGGAGAAGGGGCCGUCCGCAAAGCCGGAGGAAUCGGAUAGCGGUGGGGAGGAGGAGGAGGAGGAGGAUGAAGAUGAUCAAGAACUGUACGAAGAGUUUAGGAAUGCUGGGGCUUCUGGGACUCGGAGUGUGAGAAAAUUGUAUGGAAAUGGAAUUACCAGUGGAGGGAGUAAUAAUGGUGGCGGUGGAAGUGGCGGAGAUGGAGCCGCGGCGGGAGGGUUUCGGAUUCGAAUUCCAACUGGUGUGAGUAUAGCGCAACCAGGGUUGAAAAAUUAUCCAAAAGCUGAACAAAAGAUGAACCCUAAUUCAAAUCCAGGUUCAGGGAUGAACCCUGCCGCCGUUAAUUUCGGUACCAGAGUUGUGAGGGAGUCAAAUCCGAUGAGGCCGGUGACGGGGAAGAGAGGGGAGAGGGAAAGGGAAGGAGAUCCAGUUGCAGAGAUGGUGUCCGCCAUUAAAACACUGGGAGAUGGGUUUGUAAGAAUGGAGCGGAUGAAGAUGGAAAUGGCCAGAGAGAUCGAAGCUAUGAGAAUGGAAAUGGAGAUCAAACGAACAGAGAUGAUUCUUGAUUCACAGCAGCGGAUUGUGGAGGCUUUUGCCAAGGCAGUUACUGAAAACAAGAAGAAGGCGAAGAGAAUCCCUUCUCCAGAGGCCUAAAAUGGCUGCCCCUUCCUCCAUUUUUGAGCUCAAUUUGCUCAAAUUCCAAUGGGGUUUUCUUCCUUCCUCUCAAAAGAUGAUUGGUUGUAGAGAAUAUCAGGUUCUGAAACUCGACAAUGAUCCUAGUUAGGUUCUUCCUCAUGUUUUGUUCCACUUUUUUUCUUCUUCCACAUUGUUCUGUUCAUCUUUGACUGGAUUAGCUAGAUUGUGAUUGUCUAAUCAAUGUAGCCAUAAACAAAAGCUUUGAUAAAUUUUCACAUAUAGAGGUAAAUUAUUAUUACUAUUCA